AUGACCGCCCCCCCGGACGCAUCGCAGCUGACAAAGUGGGAGGACGCAUUCCAGCACCCGAUCCCCGUUGUGCGCGGCCUCGAGCGCCAGCUGCAGACGGAGCUGGGUGCGAGUAAGGAGAAGCUGAGGGGUCUGGUUGGAGAGAGCUAUCGAGACCUGCUCCGCACGGCAGAGCGAAUCGUGGAGAUGGACCGCGACGCACAAAAGGUCGAGAGCUGUCUGGCCGAGACGUCGCGCGCGUGCAGCUCCCGGCUACUGGAGCGGAAGGCGAGGAACUUGAGGAUGUUUGAGGAGCGGGUUGGCGCCGAGGACAGGGAGAAGUAUGUGUUUGCAGCGCAGCUGGCGGUGCUGGGGAGCUGCCCCAGCGUUGUGAGCCGGCUGCUGCAGAGGGACGAGGGCGGCGAGAAUUGCCUGCUGGCUACAAAGGUGUUUGUGGUGCUGCGGCUGCUGCUCAAGAGUUUGCUGCAGAAGGGCCCGUCAGUCCCGCUACUCGAAUCACUGAAGCACCAACGCACAACGCUCACCGCCCACCUCACCACCCACAUCGACCACCUCCUCACCACGGCCACCCCCCACCUCACCACAGUCCUCACCUCCUACUCCCUCCUCAAGACCUCCUCCCCCUCCGACGUGCUCCGCCACUUCCUCUACAUCCGCUCCUCCGCCAUCAGCACCCUCACCGCCGAGCGCACGCCCAAAGCCACCCUGGCCGCAAUGGCGCUCUACAACCAGACGCUCGCCCACGCCGACGCCCUGUUCCCAAAGCGCCUCAGCGACGCCCUCAUCCUGCUCAAGUCGCGCCCCCUGUUCGCCGACCCCGCGCUCACCCAGCUCCCCGAUCUGGCCCUCGACACGCACGCCAGCUGGCUGCCCGACGAGCUGUCGGGCUUCGUGCCGUGGGUGCGCCACGACGACCUGGAGCGCGCGCGCGUGGCCGAGCUGGCGGCGGCGUGGGGCGAGCGCGAGCUGCUGCUGCUGAACGAGGGGGUGGAGGGCACGCUGGCGGGGAUGGAGGACCUGGGUGCAGUCGUGGGGCUGCGCGCAGAGGUGCUGGCGCUGUGGGGCGCGGGCGAGAGGGCGAGGAGGCCGUUUGCCGCCGCCGCCGCCGCCGCCGCCGCCGCUGGUGGGGACGGGCUGGGGGGGGGGAGGCAGAGUGAGCGGUUGAGGGAGCUGGUGGGCGCGAGGAUCGCGGGCGUGGUCAGGGCGAAGAGUGCAAGGUUGGCGGAGGUGGGCGCGAGGAUCAAGGAGGAGUUGGAGGGCGUGGGGACGCUGGAAGACUCGACCAGCCUGUGGGACCCCGUCCUGCUCAGCAUCCCGCUCACGGCCGGCGGCGCGCUCUUCAAAGAAAGCGUGCAGUCGCGCGUGCACGGCAAAAACAGCGCCAUCAAGUCCUUCCGCGCCACCUACGACGCCUUCCUCUCCGACAUCGCAGCCACAACCACCACCCUACACUCACUACGCAGCCCGCCCACUCCCACCACUACCACCACUACCACCACCACCGCCGCCGCCACCGACGACGCCGACGACGACUUCGACGCCGAAGAGCAGCGCGCCCAGGAGGCCCUCGAGGACUCGCUGAUCGCCGAGACGGAGCUGCGCUCCGCCCUCGACGCCGCCUACCGCGCCCUCGAAACGACGCUGGACCGCCUCGUCGACUCCACCACCUCCGCCCCCACCUCCACCACCACCACUACCACCACCGCAGCCACCCGCCAGACAACGUUCCUCCUGCGCACAAUCCGGCAGAUCCGGCAGCACCCCACGCCGCUGUGUCCGCUCCCCUGGUUCUGCAGCGCGCAGCUGCCGCGGCUGCACAGUGGCGUCGCGGCGCUCGUGGGGCGCGGCCCGGCCGAGACUGUGGGCACGCUGCUGAGGCAGCGGAGGUGGAGCGGCGUGUUGGCGUCGCGCGCGCUGUGGGAGGGGAGCCCGCCGCUGCCCGUGCAGCCGAGUCCGCUGGUUUUCAAGUUUUUGCUGGAUCUGGUGGGGGGGAUGCAUGAGGCUGGCGACGACGUGUGGACGCCCGCGGCGGUGAGGGGUGUCAAGGUGUUGGCGUGCCAGGAGCUGUGGGGGGCGCUGGAGGGGGUUGUGGUGGGGAGGGAGGUGGCCGAGGUGCGCGGGAAAGAAGAGGGGAAAGAGGGACAAGCGGAGGGGGAAGGCGGAGAGAAGGAGGAGGGGGAGAAGGAGGAGGAGGAGGGGGUGGAGGCAGCGGACGAGGAUGCCCGCGUGAUUGGCAAAGACUGGGCCGUGCAGCUGCUCUUCGAUGCGCUGUACCUGGACGAGGCGCUGCAGCGCAAGGGCGCCAAUGCGCGGAACUCGGGCAUCUCGAGCCUGGCGGGGAAGAUCGAGGCUACGGUGGGCAUACGGCUGGGCUUCGACGAAGAGCUGCGGCGGCGCCUCGAGGGCUGCGCGAGGGAGUACUGGAAGAGGACUUGUCUGCUGUUUGGGCUGCUUUCGUAG